GGUUAAUAUCUAUUCGAAUUAGGUUUGUCAUCAUGGACGAUGAAGCCGAGACGUACAAGUUCUGGAGGAUCAGGAAGACUGUGAUGCAGUUAUGUCACGACCGAGGAUAUUUGGUCACUCAGGAUGAGUUGGAUCAGACUCUUGAUCAGUUCAAGGGUCAAUUCGGUGACAGACCGAGUGAGAGAAGACCGGCCAGAAACGAUUUGUCUAUUCUUGUAGCUCAUAAUGAUGACCCAACAGAUCAGAUGUUUGUUUUCUUUCCUGAAGAGCCAAAAGUUGGAAUAAAGACAAUUAAACAAUACUGCCAGCGCAUGCAGGAAGAGAACAUAUCACGAGCAAUAAUCAUAGUUCAGCAGGGAAUGAGCCCGUCAGCUAAACAGGCACUAGUAGACAUGGCACCCAAAUACAUGCUCGAAUAUUUCCUCGAAACAGAGCUGUUGAUCAACAUCACAGAACACGAGCUUGUGCCUCAACAUGUGCUCAUGACGGAGGAUGAAAAACAAGAACUUUUGGCGAGAUACAAGCUGAAGGAGCACCAGCUGCCUCGCAUACAACAGAAUGAUCCCGUAGCGAGAUACUUUGGAUUGAAACGUGGACAGGUCGUCAAAAUCAUUCGUUCGAGCGAAACAGCCGGCAGAUACAUUACCUACAGACUCGUAGUCUAGCACACUUUCAACAACAAACAUAGCAAAGUGUAUAACAAACCAGACAUUCAAACAGCAAACGUGAC